AUGAUUCCUCUAUUGCAGCUCAAACAGCCUGCAACAUUGGCAUGGAAAGCUACAAGACAAAAACUGAGCAACGAUAAUGGUCCUCAAACGGGUUCAAGCUCCGGUUCCAAAACUAGAAACCGGCCCAAUUCUGCCGUGAUCGAGCAAACUGUCGAAUUGUGGCCUCAGCAAAGUAAAGUUUCUUUGGAGGACGAAGACGAGACAAAUUUCCCAGAUGGUGGGCUUCCAGCGUACAUGGCUCUGUUAGGCUCGUUUAUGGGUUUAUUGCCCGCUUGGGGUGUUACAAAUUCGCUCGGAGCUCUGGAAGGCUACAUUUCCAAGCACCAACUGGCUUCCAGUUCGUCAUCCGGUGUUUCUUGGAUUUUCUCUAUAUACCUUACUUUGUUUAGCGCCAGCUGCGUACUUACGGGUGCGUAUUUCGACCGCAACGGUGGGUUUGUCCCGCUUUGUGUGGGGUCCGUUGUGUUUGUCUGUGGGCUUAUGGCGACCGCUAAUUGCCAAACUAUCUGGCAAUUCAUUCUGUCAUUUUCGGUAGUGACAGGUUUGGCCACGGGCGCGCUGACCACGCCGCUCAUAGGGUGCAUUGCAACCUGGUUUUCUCGUAAACGGGCAAUGGCCACCAGUUUAGCUACAAUUGGCGGUUCCCUUGGUGGCAUUGUGUUUCCCUUGAUGCUCAAGAGCCUAUAUGAAGAAGUAGGAUUCCCAUGGGCUAUUAGAAUCAUGGCAUUUGUGUGUUUGGCGUGUUUGAGCGUUGCCUGCGUUUUUGCACGGGUCAAUGAGAAGACCAGGCCCAUUCGUGGCGAGUUUCGCUCGCGAUCCGAGAAGAUACGGUUUUACGUGCUUGGCUCUUUCAACAUAAGGUAUUUCCAAGAUCGCAAAUAUUUGCUGACUACGUUGGCGUUCUCGCUGGCUGAGAACUCUAUAAUGGCCACAAACACUUUCAUUGCCUCCUAUGCCAUGACUCGGGGAAACUCCGAGGGUAAAGCUUUUACCUUGAUCACGGUGUCGAACGCAGUGCAGAUCUUGGGUCGCUAUAUCCCAGGGUACAUUUCGGACAAAUAUACGGGCAGAUUCAAUACUGUUAUUCUGGUGUCGUGUUUUGCCGGAAUUUUAAACCUGACUCUACUGCUACCAUUCGGUGGAAAUCAAAAAGUACUAUGGGCAUACAUGAUACUGUAUGGGUUUGCCUCGGGCUCGGUUAUGUCGCUGACGGCGGUGUGCGUGGCACAAAUUUCACGGACCUGCGAUUUUGGAAAACGCUAUUCUACUUCCUACUUGCUGAGUGCAAUUAUGACCUUGCCCAUCAUCCCCAUAUGUGGUGCAAUCAUUGGUAAAGGAACCGUGGCUGAAUACAACAAAUUCAUAGUAUUCACGAGUGUGCUGAUAUUAGUCGGUUCUGCUUGCUACUUGGGAGCGAGAUAUUUGUGCGUGGGUGCAAAGAUGCGUAAAUUUUGA